UUACAAUUAAGUGUGAUGAAGGUGAUUAAGAUGAAGAGUCCAAUAAUGCGAGAUAUAGAAGCUCAAGAUACGGAUUUUAUAUUCUCAUUGUGCGAUCGAAUCUUGAAUCGAGAUACGACUGUUAGGAGAAUGGAUUUUAUCUUUUUGGCACUAUGCAUUGUUUUGAUUUUCGCGAUUUUUCUGCAUCAGCAGUAUACUGUUCGACAGAAAUUUAAAAACUUUCCCCAAAUCGACGCAUAUCCUAUCGUUGGUGUGGCGAUUAAGUUAGCGAGGCUGUCGCACUAUGAGCGCUUGAAAUACUUUGUAUCACUUAUGGAGAGGUGUAAGGAAGAAAUAUUUGUACAAUGGCUAGUAAACAAGCCUAUGAUUAAUGUGUAUAAGCCAGAACAUUUAGAGCAAGUUUUUCCUAGCACCGUAAAUAUCACAAAAGGAGAAGAGUAUGAUCUGCUCAGGCCUUGGUUGGGCAACGGACUUCUGACCUCUACGGGUAAAGAUGCAAAAUCAUUACAUGUUUACCAAACAUGUUUGGUCUGCACUUACGGUUAAAUAAGCUGCGUAAAAAAACAAAACAAGUUUUAUCACAGAUCUACUAUAUGUGCCUCAACACAAUUAAGAAAUAAUAUAUU